GGCAUCCUUUGCGAUCACUCUAUACCGGCCAUGAAUUCCGAACAGCAUGACCUGUAUGCGAAAUACGAUGUCGUAGUCAUCGGUGGCGGCCCAGUAGGGCUCGCGACGGCGUUGGAAUGUUCAAAGGCUGGGCAAAAGACUCUUGUCCUCGAACAGUCUGUAUUCUAUAACCAGUCCGGUAGCUCUGGGGACUUGGUUCGCAUGUUCAGGACGGCCUAUACCGAAGACUUCAUGGCGGAUCUUGCCGUGCAAUGCAUGUCUCUGUGGAACGAGCUCGAAGCGGAGGCGGGAGAGCCGUUACGGCUUAUGACCGGCCUCCUCAACUUUGGUGAUCCGAAAUACGGAGAAGGAGGUCCUGAGGGCACCUUAAUGGACCCAAUCCGCAAUCUGGAUAGACACCACAUGGCGUAUACAAUCCUCGACCGUGACGGUGUGGAAGAGAAGCUCCCUUUCCAGAAUCUGCCUGACGAAUGGGUGGGCAUCGACAUGCCUGACAAUGGCUGCAUUAACGUCCCCCUCAUGCUUCGAACCCUGACUCGCCUAUGCCGAGAGCAUCGUGUCGACCUCUUCGACUACGCAACUGUCAAGCGUGUCCGCGCAGACAACACAAGGACGUAUCCUUCUGCAAACUGGGUCGUAGAGGGGGCGAUGCACGGCCCCAAAGGCGCCAGUGCGCUUGCUAGGGCAUUUGCUUUCCGGGCAGACAAGAUCGCGAUCACUCCUGGAGCAUACGUGAACCACAUUCUGUACCCUUCGUUUGGGUUCACAUUGGACGUCAACAUCUGGGAAAUGGUCUACGAAUACUACGCUAUCGACCCGAGCAUCCAGUUCGACAAGAUGUGGUUCCAGUUCCAGGAGGAUUCGAAGCCUAUCCCGGGUGGAAAGCCCGUGUCAAACCUGUUCUACGGCUUUCCCUCGGUGCCCUGGGGACCUCCGAAUAUGUGCCGCAUUGCGGUGGACACUGCGACAAACGUCAUCGCUGACCCAGACCAGCGCCAGUACCCCGUCAUCUCCCCAGAAGACCUCGAGAACACGCGCGAGUGGCUCCACAAGCACGUCCUCGGUGUGGGUCCGCACCCAGUGCCCGUGUUCGCGGGCACUUGCCUGCAGACGAACGUCUCGGACAACAUGUUUGUGCUCGACUUCGUGCCAGAGCGGUACCUCCGCGGCGCGCAAGGUGAGAGCGAUGCCGCUCGGGAGAAGACCAUCGUCGUGUUCACGGCCGGGUGGGCUAUGAAGUUCGUACCGCUCCUUGGGCGCGUCCUGAGAGAGCUGCUCCUGGACGGGAAGACGUCCCAGUACGAUGUCAGCCAUUUCUCCAUUGAGCGCAAGCCGGGUGGAGUACCCAUCAUCCGAGACGGACCUGUGCAGAGGCGGGGGGAUGUUAUGCGCGCUCAAUAUACUGGGUCUUCUUUGCAUCGUCUUGGUCAUUGAAGGUGCUGGCAGCGAGGCAGGAUGAAAGGACGAGUAUGAGUAUAGCCCGAGAAAUGGAGAGAGCG